UUUACAUGCGUCGCGUGCGCCCGCGGGACGUUCGCGGGCGACGCGGGGACGGAUGCGUGCGUCGCGUGCCCCGCGGGGUCCUUCGCCAACGCGACGGGCGCGACAUCGUGCGUCGAGUGCCAACCGGGGUCCUUCGCUAAAGAGGAAGGAGCGUCGGGUUGCGAGGCGUGCCCGAAGGGGAGCGCAAACGCCGACGUCGGCGCCGCCGCGUGCGUUGCGUGCCCCGCGGGGUCCUUCGCCGACGCCGAGGGUGCGCUCGCGUGCGCCGAGUGCGAACCCGGGUCCUUCGCCGCGGAGGGCGGGGCGUGGGAGUGCGGGGUUUGCGACGCGGGGUCGUUCUCGAGCGACCCCGGGUCGACGGGAUGUACGAAAUGCGAGCCCGGCGAAUUCCAAGCCCAAACCGGGCGAACGACGUGCGAGAAGUGCCCGCAGGGUAAGGCGAGCGCCGGCGCCGGCGCGAGCUCGUGCGUCGCGUGCGCCGCCGGGAGCUACGCGCCCGACGAGGGUCUCGAGCAGUGCGAGGUUUGCGGUGCCGGCGCGUACCAGGAAAAAACCGGCAAGGCGUCUUGCGACGUGUGCCCCGCCGGGACUUUUAGUAACGCCACCGGCGCUACCGACGCGAGCGCGUGCGAGCCGUGCCCGCCCGGCACGCACGCCGGCGGCGUCAGGAGCUCCGACUGCGCGCCGUGCCCGGCCGGUGCGUACGCCCCCGACGCCGGUUCCGUCGAAUGCGCGACGUGCCCG